AUGGCCGCACGUGAGAGUUGCGCCCAAGCCUAUAUGUGUGUGGGUGUGUGUGUUGGUCUGUCUGACGAACUCCCCACCGGCCCACUCCCGGUGGCGACAGCAGCGAUGCACAGCGGCUACCCCGCGGCACGGCAGACGCACCUGCUCUCUCCUACCGCGCCGCAGGUCACCGAGAGCGUCUCCCAGGCUACCGAGGCACCGUUGACCAUCGUCAUUUCCCCGCUCUCCUCUGUGGUGGACCUGUCACCGCUCGCUCGCCUUGAAGACGCCCACGAGGACAGCCGUGAGUGUGAGUCGCAGAACCUGCAGAAGACCAGUAGUCGUCCCAGUGGCACCAACGGACUGCGCUCGUCUGCCGUCAUCUACCCGGUGACCGCAUACUUGUCCACCGCAACGGACAAGAGCUUUGCGAGCUCGGAGGAGACGACGGUGUGGACAUCAUUGGCGAACAACACCCGCACCACGGACAACUUGCCCUCGCCGCUGCGGCAGCCGCAGCAUCGCCCCGGACUGAUCACCUUCAGGAGUCUCAGUGGGGAUGUAGUGCACAAGCGCCCCGCCACGCUCGCUUGCAAGGAUACCUUCACCAAGUGGAACUCCACGCAACCCACCGCAGCAGCAGUAGCAGCAGCGCCGCUGACCGGUGCCGCGGUCGCCCAACAACAGCAGGCGCAAGCCUCAGCAAGUCCUGUGGAUGGCCCAACUUCUCCUACACCCUUCGCUGUUGCGACAGGGACACGAGAGAAGCAGCCGGACUGGAAGAGCGGCGACGCGACUAGUGUGCGAGCCAGUCGGCCCCGUGCUUCGGCGCCCACCACGCGCUCAGGCGUCGCGGCGCCAGCCGUACCUUCGAAGCGUUGCGCAACGCGCACAGACACAACGACCGCGACGAGGUACGGCACCCCAAGCCUGGGGGCGCGCCAGGACUCCCACGCGAAGCAGGGGAACCCGAAGGGGCGGCUGCCUCGCUCGGACUUGGACAAUUCCAAGGAGGGCGUGGACUGGAGCUACGCGGCUGCUGACCAUCCCAACCUGCUGUGGCACAGCAUGGGACUGGCGAAGGUGCGUGCUCCUCAGAGGCUACAGCAGCAACAGCAUGACACAGUAGCAUCGGCCAGUGUCGCUAAUGUGGCUCAGUCGCCGCCACAGCGCUCACGACACGACGAGUCGACUCGUGGUAAGGCAGGACAAGACAUCGGCGCCUGCAACAACAACAACAGCAGCACUUCAAAGCAUGUUGAAGAGGCGAACCACCGGCAGGUGGCGAUGGGCACCUUGCUGAGACAAGUAGAUAGAGCGAGCGAUUUGCAUGGCGGCGGUGGCGGUGGCGGUGGCGGUGGCGUUGCCGAUGACCAUAACGUCAGUCUAUGCGACCACACCACUGUCGCGUGGUUACUCGAACAGGAGGGCAACAACACGGGCGGCGACAGCGCGAAUAGUGCGUUACCACCACCGGAAGGGAGGUCUCCGGCUCCUGAGGGCGGUAACGCCGCGGGCCCGGCGGCCAUGGCGGAAGACGACGACGUGGCCGACGCGGAUAUGAAAGUAUUCGUAGCGGUGCGCGUGCGGCCGCGCAUCUCGUUGCUCCCGGUGAAUGCAGCACCGCCAGCGUCUCUUCUGACCGACGUCGCGGCACUUCGAUCCCUUUCCGCUCCAUCAGCGACGUCGCCUAACGUGGAGCACGAGCCUCAGCGCGGCAGAAGCGGUGGUUCACAGGUCAAAGAGCGCCGACUGACGAGCGACAGUACCACCAGCCACAGCACUACGAUGCGCGGGCGGCGAUCUGAGGGCGAGCGAGCGGCGGUGAAAGCCGCCAAAGCAACGGCUGGCAAUGGCGACGGUGAUGAUAACGCGUCGAAAGGGAGCUGCUUGAGCGCAGACGCAGUGAACGGGUUCAUCGACUGCGUCGCCGUUGCCGCGGCUGGGGAGCAGAUGCGCACCCUUCGCUUUCACUUUGACCAUAUCCUCGACGACAGCGCGGGGCAGGCGGAUAUCAUGACGUGCAUCGGCCAACGCGCCGUGACGCGAGUGCUACAGGGCUACCACAGUACCGUGAUGUGCUACGGCCAGAGCGGUAGUGGAAAGACCUACACCAUUGCUGGGCCGCAUGGUGGAAAGCUGUCGCGGAAGACGCUACAGUGGCUGGCAUCGCACUCUGCGUCAGCGGAGGCGGUGGAGCGCGAUUACCGCAACGUCGAUGAAGACGAUCAGGUGCUCGCUGCGGCCAGCGUCGGGCUGAUUCCCCGCAUAUUGCACCAGCUGUUUCACGAGCUAGAGGCACGACACGGCGCUGGCGGCGGUCAGCAACGGGUGCCCACAGCGUCGAUGUCAUCGUGGCGGGUUGCACUCAGUGCGCUGGAGCUGUACAAUGAAGAUCUGCGCGACUUGCUGCCGGGUGAGCUAACCGAGCAAACGAGAGCGCAGCCUGGCAAGAAGGACACCUUUCACCCACUCGCCGCGCCGCAUUGUCACCACGGCAGGGAGACCUCUACAGCGACACCGUCGCCACUUGACAGUGGUGAACCGGGCCCUAGUCCGUCGCUCCCCCGCAUGACGCGGCACCGCUCCUUCCAUGAGCUCCCAGGUGAACCGACCAGCGAGGACGGCCCUGAUGUACUGAGCACCGUAUCCUCCUGUGAGGACGACACCGACAAUAAACCCACGGCAUCGCGACCGACCUCCAACGGACCGGGCAGCGGCUCCGCAACCACGUCGGCUGUCAAGCGAGGGCGAGGCCAGCCCUCUGCCUCCCCAUCGCCGUGUGCGGCCCUCAUGCGCGCACGUGUGUCGAAGCGCAUCGGCUCCGGGCGCAACAACUCCGCCAUGAAUCAGAACCGAACGGCAGCUGCGAGUAUGGCAAGCACCACCUCCAGUUCUGGAGCCGGCACCGCCACAGGAUUGGCCAAGACGACGUCGACGAAGUGGACCGCAUCGGCAACAACGCAAGCAGCGGCGCCGCUGAAAAUUCGUCAAGGGGCACCCGCACCGUCGACCUCGCCUAGCCCGCCACUCGCGAAGUCGAUGAAGACAAGAGCUGCCCUGUCACCUCCAUCGAGUCGGUCCUUGUCCCGCGAACCCACGCGCGGCGCGGGCUGCGACGCUGCGUGCGUCGAGGGGCUGCACGAGCACCAAGUACACGACCUUCACGAAGCCAUGGAGGUGGUGUGGCUGGCGCUAAGGCGGCGGCAAAUGGGCAGUACGGAACUCAACAAAGACAGCAGUCGCUCCCACGCCUUCUUCUUUGUACGUGUGGAGCAGCGGAAGCGGCGCUCACGCGACGAAGCGCAGCCCGUCUGGGACAUCCGCCGCUCCACGCUGAGCCUUGUCGACCUCGCAGGGUCGGAGCGCGUCAGCCACACUGGCGCGCAUGGCCUGCAGCUCAAGGAGGCGCAGAACAUCAAUCGCUCGCUCUCUGCGCUAGGAAACGUGAUGCGUCUGCUGAGCUCGGUGGGCCGCGCGUCGCCCUCCAACAAAAUCGUAGUGACUACCCCUGUCAGCGGUGCUGCUGCGCUGACGAAGGUAGCCACGGCAGAGCCACACAUCCCGUACCGCGACAGCAAGCUCACGCGCAUCUUGCAGAGCAGCCUCGGAGGCGGUGCCCUCACGUUACUGCUUUGCAACGUCUCGCCGGACCCGCGUGAUGCGCCAGCAACGAUGUCGACGCUUCAAUUUGCGAAGCUCUGCAAGAACGUGAAGAGCAACGCGAAGCUGAACAAGACAACAAGGGACACGGCAGGCGCGCAAGCGGCGUCAGAGUCACGGAUACGCCAGCUUCUAGGCGAUGUCUCGACCGCGCAGAACCGUCUUCGGCAGCUCGCAACGUACGCGUGGUGGCUGGAGGGACACCUCGCCUACUUCGCCGCCGCGAUGACCCAGCAACAGCGGCGCCUCAGAACGCUAACCACCAGCACGGACAUGGGAACAAUCACCUCACCCUCCCACUCGUGUGGCAGCGGCGGCAGUCGCGAUAUCGUCGUACCCGAGGAAGCCACAGCGCCGAAGGUGAUCUGCAACACCAGCAGCCCCAGUGCUGGGGACGGCAACAGGCGGGACUACAGUAGCAUCGAGUCGCUCGGCGAUCGAGAGCGCGGCUUCGAGAACAAGGAGAGAGCCGAUUCUGGUGCAGCACCGGGGAGCUGUCGUCACAGCGCGGCGCUCGCUGGGCCUACGUCGCAGGAGUGGUGGUACCUUUCACCGCGACCAUUGAGUGCGUCAGCACCGGCUGAGAACGACAAGGACGCCGGCGAGGAAAUGGCAGAGGUGGAGGCGUACUGGCAAAGUGGGUCCGCCCGAGCCCUCCUCUCCCCGGCCUAUCCCAUUACGCAGCGACACCUGGUGCUGCAGCGCAAGCUAAUCGCCGCUGCGGCCGUGGCGACUCCUCACGUUCCCACCGCGAUGCUGCCCAUGUCCUACUCUACGGACGCAUUAGUUGGUGAGGCGCGGGCUACGACGCGUAACUGCGUUGCCAAUGACACUCGCCUGCUAGAGGUUGCUCCAGUGGUGAGACAUGCUCAACCGACUCGUAAUCCUCGACGCCAACAACUGGGGUCCUCGCCGAGCACGGCAACUCUCUCCUCUGUGCCGCCCCGCUCCAUCGCUACAAGGCAAAGACAGCAGCGGUGUGAGCCCCCCAUGAAGGACAUUGUCACUGCCCUUUCUGAGGAGCGGGCCGCGCGGGCAGCGGCGCAGGCGCGACUGGCAGUGGUGGAGCAGUCGAACGUACUCCUACGCUUGCGUCUCGCCGAGGCUCACCAAGCGACGAGCGCAGAAAAGACGAGGAGGGGGGAAGAGACGGCUGGGAAGGACGCCUCUGGGGUGCCCUCCGAGGUGAUGUCUGUGGCACCAGCAUCAUCGGUGCUGUGGCCGACGCACCACUCCCGCGUGUCCCAGUAUGCCUCCCUCGAAGUCUUCCUUGCGCGCUGUGGCUUCGCCGCGAUGGACCCGAUGGAGCCUUCGGUUGAUGAGAUGUCGCCACGUCGUCUAGCCUAA